GUUAACUGCGACCGGUAAGAGAGUGCAAGGUCAGUGUGAGGAGCGGAUAGACGCGUUUGUAACUUUGUGCUGUGUGGUGAUUGUUAGCAGACUAUUCUUUGGAAAAAGUUUCUAGAAGAGGUCAGUUUUAUUUGGAAUUUUGGAUCCCUAAACAUUCAAGGUGGUGACAACAAAACAUGCCUUGGACUAUAUUUCUCUUCUGCUGUCUGGCAGCAGUCAACUCUGCGUCAGGCAAAUGCAGUCGCACAGGUGCAACAGAAUCCUUUAUCCUGUCAACUAACGCCAUGACUAGCUCUUCCAAUAUCUAUAAGAGGAUCAUGGGACCGUCCCUCAUUGACUGUACUCGGACUUGCUUGAAUGACGUCACUUGCGAGUCUUUCACGUUCCUACGAAGCCAAAAUGAAACUCAGUGCCUGCUGACAGCCGGAGGGACGGACACUUCCAAAAGAUAUCCGGAACACAGACUUUACCCAGCCUCUGGAACUUACCGUAUGGAAAAAGUCUGCCUCAAAGGUGCUUGUGAUCGUCUGUUCGUGGCCGAAUCGUUGAGAGGGAUGGAGCUCGAAGGUCACAAUGAUCUUGUUGUGGGAAACAACACUCGUUUGUCAUGCUUGGAGUCGUGCAUCAACAGUCGAGAUCUGAACUGUAGGUCGGUGGAGUUCGACUCGAAGACUUCAGAAUGUCGACUCAGUCGACACGACCGAUUUAGCAGGAAUACCCAUUUCAAGAAGUCAACAUCGGCCCACAUCGAGUACUUUGAUGUCACUUGUCCCUACCAACAACCAACAUCCGAUGGAGGUCCGGCUGAGAUCCUACUCCUAGGCAAUGUGGAACAUCCUUACAGUCUAAUCGAAUAUGAAGAUGUAACAGCUGAGGAGUGCGGUGAACUGUGUCUUCGAAAUAUCCUCUUUCCCUGUCGAUCUUUCCUAUCUGGACGAGUGGACAGCCGACUUUACUGUGGAUUGACCCACCAAAAUCGAGAAGGUCUGGUGCAAAAUCCUGAAAGUCUGCAUGCUUCUAGAAGUCUGAACUAUUACGAGAUAGCGAGAAGUGUAGAAGCAUGUGACUCGAGUGAUCUUCACUUCGAGAUGAUGUCGGGGGUUGUCCUGAAUCUUGCACCGUAUACUGUGACUACCGACCUGACUCCUAGCGAAUGUCUGCAGCGAUGUAAAGACGAUAGGAGGUGUCGUUCAGUGGGAGUGGACUACAAGAAGGGGGCUUGUCAAUAUAAUUCCGAAAGCAUCGGGCUAUCAUUAGACCCUAAAUUGCAGCAGAAUGGAAAUUUCAAUUAUUACGAGAAAAUUUGUCUUCCAGGAACUCAGUGCACUCGCGAAUGGGCCUUCGAACGCAGCAAGAAUAAAGAAUUGGUGGGAAUCGAACACGAGAAAGUACUCGUUGAAGCCAAUUCGAAAGACGAAUGUCAGCUGGCCUGCCUCCAUCAUACCGAAUUCGUCUGCUUAUCUGCAGAAUUCAACUACCAACUCAGCGAGUGUCGUCUCAGCCCUUACAAUCGAUUUUCGUCCACGGAAAAAGGGGUGUUCCUAACUAAUUCGAGAUUUGUCGUCGACUAUUUUGAAAACAACUGUAUCUCAGAACCUCGGGGAUUCUGUAAUACAAAAUUAAUAAAAAAAGUCAAACUUCUGCUAGCCGAGAGAGUGACGUCCGCCAGUAACGUGGACGAAUGCCGCAAACAUUGCAAUGAAAACAAAGAAUUUGUCUGCCGGUCGGUCAGCUUCGAUCCAAGAUAUGGGACAUGCUCCCUGUCGCACCACACUAGACGAUCUGCCCCUCCGGACUCCCUGAUCCGCUCUGAUGCCAACGAAUUCCUUGAAAUCGCAACAUGUUUCGAUGUUUCUGUGGACUGUCGACAAGAUCUGAUGUUGGCUCAAGUCCGCACCAACGCUCUGUUCAAGGGCAAAUUGUAUGCCAAAGGAAAGCCUCUCACGUGCUCUACUGACGUUAGCAACAGCCUAGAAUUCUCACUGCCAAUUCCUUUGAAAGGAGAGAACUGCGGCACAGUAUCAGAGGAAGAAGGAAAGUUCUCGAAUGUUCUGGUAAUCCAAAGUAAUGAUCACGUGGUAACGGCCCUGGACAAAGCCAUCGGCAUCCAUUGCUCCUACGAUGUGGGCAACAAGACAGAGGAAACGGAAAUUAACAUCACGGAUCCAGGUUCCAGUGACAGAAGCCGAGGAUCUCCGGCGCUACCAGACCUAUCCCUGCAUAUCGUGGACAUGGAGGGUCAAGAACGAGACACCGUUUCUCUUGGAGAACUACUAAGAGUGCAAGUUAGAAUGUCAGAUGAAGACACGUACGGAAUCUUUGUUCGAAAUUUAGUAGCCAAAGACGGAAUUGGUGGCAACAAUCUGACUCUCAUAGACAAUACAGGGUGCCCCGUCGAAGUGAAAAUGAUGAGGGAAGUUCGAACAAUUGAACCUCAGAGCAAGUCCCUGGAGGGGUAUCUUGAGGCCUUCACUUUCACAGGAAGUAGUUUACUGGAACUGGAGGCGGAAGUGGAGACGUGCUUAGAGAACUGCAAACCGGUUCUUUGCCAGAUUCCUACAGGCAGGAGGGACGACGACACUGAGACAGUUUCCUCGUACGGUCGUAAGAAAAGAGACUCAGGUUCAGACGUCCUGUCGACUGUCACUUUAUCGAAAAGUGUUUCUGUCCAGGCCCAGGACUUCGAGAGUGUCGAGGCUUUCUCCACCGAAAACUACGCAUCGCCAGUGACAGCUCCCUCUAUGCCAGAUAUGAAAGGCAGUGGACUGUUCCACAGGUUCAGCCCCCCAGUGGUGGGCAGUGAAAGUCACUUCUGCUUCGACCCCACACUCUUCGCUCUGAUUGGCGGAGGAUUCUUCUUGGCUGAAAUCUGCGGCUUCUCUGCUUGUCUCAUCGCGGCCUGCCGCUGGAAGAGAAACAGGAAGACAGAAAGCAUCAUGAGCAAGAAGCGCCAUCUGUCGAUACACUAUGAAAACAGCGUGGACGCUGCUUCGGAUGUCUCUUGCAAAUGAGAAAGAUUUUAACACAUUUCUGCCGAAGCUGCGGCGAAUUUGAAACCCAGGAAAAAUUACGCGAAAUUAUAUUUUAAUUCGUCUAAUUUCAAAUUCGCUUGACAGUUUCGGAAACAUAAGCUGUAACAACAGUUGUUUCAGUAUUCCAUUCGGCAGCUAAUUUUAUGGUUGUUCUUUUUGCGAUGUAUUUCUUUUUUGCUUUCGUGUUUGUGUAUAUAUAACGAUUAUGAUUCAUCAGUUGCAUUCGAUCAAAAUGUUAACAUUGCACUGUAUUUGGAAUAAUCACAAAAUUCACGCUGUAAUUUUACAAUCAUUGCCACACAUUUCAAUUCAAUAUGUGAGUCGAAGGAAUCUUAUAGGUUUUAAAGCAUAGGUUAUUUAAAAUAUGUUACAACUGGUUUUACAGAAAACACGAUAGAGGUAGAAAAUAUUUCGAAUUCUUGUUUUAGUAGCACGUUUUACUUUUUAUUGUUAUGUCCCCUUAAAAAUAUCACGAGGUUUCAUCCACGUUCUUUUAUGACUCAUCCUUAAUUUCAUUUCUCACGAUGCCAACAUUAGUGAGUCUGUUCUUGGGCAAAUUUGUUAAUGUUGAUAUUGUCAUAUCAUUAAAAGUAUCACAAUUUUUAGUAAAGUAUCACAAUUUGGUAAUCGUUUUUCCCAUAAUAUCUUCUUUCAUUUUUUUGGGCGACCGGUCAUUCUGCCUAAAGGAAGACAUCCAUACGGUUGCCCAAAAGAGGGUCAUUAUGGAAACCGAAAGUAAUGGCUGGGUCAGGUUCGUACUGAUUCAGUCUGUUCGAAAAGCAAACGUUGUGUCAUUUUCGAUUGGUUUCCAUGAAAAAGGCAUUCUGGCAACGGAUUAGGGUGCUGGAACAAAGUUAUUGGAGUAAUUUCCUACUGAUAAUGUUUGCCCCCUACCACCACCAAAAAUAGCGCAAUGAGGUAACUGAUUCUAUUGUCGAAUGAAGACAUUUUGAAACUAUGGCAAAUGAUUGAACUGAACUUAUUGAAUUUAUUAUUCCACAAGUAAACUAGACCCCCAAAGUUUAGUUUUUUAUAAAGAGCAAUCCCUAGUCUUCUCUAUGGUUAAAACAAAAAAAUAAUAUGCACUUAAUAUUGAAAAUCACUGACUGUUGUUGCACCUAUGGCAAAAUAAUAAGUUAUAUAUGAAUAUAAUUUUAGGUGAAAUGGUAAAAGAAAGACCAUAUUGAUAAAAUCUGAAAACGUAAUCUCUUAAAUUUUGGUAACAAUAUAAUUAAAAUAUUUUUGGAUUACUGUAUUAAACGAGGACUUUCAUAGAACAUCCGUUAAUAAAACCGAAAAUAAGUAAUCCCGGUGAAUUUUUUUGUACCAUUCCAGGUACAAUGUCGAAGGCCUAAAGUAAAUUCUCACAGCAUUCAUGAAAAUAUUCCAGUUCCGUUUAUUUAUUUAUUUCGUAUUUUUGUGUAAUUUGCGUCUUAUUUUUAAGCGCUGAAAAUAUUUAUAGAAAGUUUAUUUAUACUUGAUGGAUUUUGUGUACGUAGUCUGCAAUGGUUAAGGUAGCCAUCUUAUCAUUAUACUUGAUGAAUUGUAACUGUUUUACUCAUCAAGAUUUGCCUGUAUUGCACGGGAAGGAUGAACAUAAAAAUAUAUUUGUUGUGUUGUGUGGGAAGAUUAAAUACAAAAUAUAUUUGUUAAUUGCAAGAAAAGAAAUGUGAAUUUAUCGAAAAUGUUAUGAAAGGAACAUGUGCUUUUUGUAUUAAGGGCUAUUUUGUUUUUGAAGGUAUGUAUUCUGUGAUAAAAUUUUCUAAUAAACUUUAUCUUUUUAUAUUAUCUAA